AUGAAGUUCACUCUGUUCACCUACGCUCUGGUCGCCACCGGCGCCCUCGUCGCCGCCGACGACAUCCAGAGCAUUGUCUCCGAGGCAAUUGAUGGCCCCGAGUCCCUUGGGUCUGAAAUCGCGAACGGCGCGACCUCCGUCUGGGGCGAAAUCACCCACGGCGCCGUGACUGCCUUCGCCACUGCCUCCGGCGAGGCUGGCUCCGUCUACACCGAACUCAAGACCGGCGGCGAGGCCGCCUGGUCCACCCUCAGCGGUGACGCCCGCGAGAUCGGCUCGUCCAUCGUCUCUGCCGCUGCCACCGAGGCUUCCAAGAUCCAUUCCGACGCCGACGCCGUUUCCUCACGCGUCGUCAGCGACGUCUCCACCUUUGUGACUGGCUUCCAGACCACCGACUCUGACGGCAAGACCACCACCGAGUCCAAGACCGUCACCAGCAGCCAGACCAGCAGCGCGGCGGCUUCGACCGAUGCGUCCACCACCACCAGCGGCAACACUGCUGCCCACGCGACUGGUCUCCCUGCCGCCGCGGCCGCCGCCGUCGGUCUGAUCGGUUUCAUGGCUGCUCUGUAA